GCAUCUCCGAAUUUCCAUCUCUGUUUUUUUAUCUUUUUCUUUACGCUGUUAUUACCAUGUCUACUUGUAAAACUGUUCUUGCCUCCAAAGUCUCUGCAUCUUUCAGAAAUCAAAUCAAACAAGAUAUCAAGGAGCGCAACAUCAGUCCUAAACUAGUUGGUUUCCUUGCUAAUGAAGAUCCUGCUGCCAUGAAAUAUGCUGAAUGGACUUCCAAGACUUGUGCUGAAACUGGUGUUCAAUUCGAACUUCGUAAGAUAGCUAAGUUAGACUUGGAAGAAGCUAUCACAGAAGCCAAUGAAGACAAAGCAGUCAAUGGUAUUAUGGUCUAUUAUCCCGUUUUUGGAGGAAAGCAGGAUUUAUAUCUUCAAAGCUGUGUCAGUGAACUCAAGGAUGUUGAAGGUCUUUGCCACAAGUUUGUUCAAAAUGUGUACCACAACAUUCGUUUCAUGGAUCAAGAAGAGACCAUGAAAUGUAUUAUUCCAUGCACUCCCCUUGCUAUUGUUAAGAUUCUUGAAUUCAUUGGUGUCUACAACCCUGUUAUUCCCUACGGUAACCGUUUGUAUGGUCGUACUAUUGCUGUUGUUAACCGAAGUGAAAUUGUGGGUCGUCCUUUGGCUGCUAUGCUUUCCAAUGAUGGUGCUAAGGUCUACUCUAUUGAUGUCAAUGGUAUCCAACUCUUUACCCGUGGCACUGGUAUCAAAUUAAAGGCACACAAGGUGGAAGACAUUGAUGCUACUGUUGAACAAGUUAUUCCUCAAUGUGAUGUUGUUAUUACAGGUGUUCCCACUCCCAACUAUAAGCUAUCUACUUCUUUAUUGAAAGAGGGUGUUGUUGCUAUCAACUUUUCUAGUUUUGCUAACUUUGAAGAAGAUGUCAAGUCUAAAGCCUCUAUCUUUGUGCCAUCUGUUGGUAAAGUCACAGUAGCCAUGUUGGAACGUAAUUUGCUUCGUUUGCAUGAUUACCAAAACAACUUGACUGAAAAAUAGAUAAAAAAAAACUAAAGAGAAACCAUAUUUAUACAUAUAUAUACACAUUCAUUCCAUUCGU